AAAUUAUUUUGGCCGCAAUAAAUUGUAAUGCAGCAGUCGACACUAGCAAAUUUCAUAUAUAUUGCAUGGAUACUGCCAAGUUGUUUGUUGAUCUCUAUGGCUGGUACUACAUGCCUGUAACUGUGCAUAAGAUUCUGGUGCAUGGUAGCAAAAUUAUAGCAGAAGCUAUUCUGCCAAUAGGUAUGCUGUCCGAAGAAGCUCAGGAAGCGAGGAAUAAAGAUUAUAGAGCCUAUAGAUUACAUCAUUCGCGAAGAAUUGGACGUGUAGCCACUAAUGAAGAUGUAAUGCAUAACCUUUUAUUGUCUUCAGACCCAUUUAUAAAUAGAUUUCGCUCAAAGCUGCAAAUCAAAAAAUUGGAGUACGAUAAUGAUGUUAAAAAAUUAUUAAAAGACUAUGCUUAAUUUA